ACUUUUGACAGCACAAGAUUUUGUUUUGCUAUAAAUUUGCUUUUUACACUGACAUUAGACUGUAUUAAUCGGCAAGCGAUGUAUAUAAAAUAAAUGAACGAUGAACCGGUUCAUCGCGCAGUCGACCAAGCAGAAUUAAUUUAAUACGACAAGUGAUAUUAAAUAUCCAACCCAAGUAAUCGGCGACGCCCAAACAGAGAAUAAAUAAACUUCGCAAUAUCACAAUGUCUCGGGAAGAUUCAGACAGCCCUGCCUUGGAGGCACAGGACUCCUUGCUGUAUUCUUCAAGGCACGGGGAACUUUCGGUUGUGAAAGCCCUUCUAGAAGCCAAGGCUCAAGGGAGGUUGACAUUGGAUAUAAAUUGCAAGGGCAAAUCAAAAAGCAACUUAGGAUGGACUCCUCUGCAUCUAGCUUCAUACUUUGGUCAUGUGGAUGUUGUAGAGGCGCUCUUGGAGGCCGGAGCGAAUAUAGACGAGGUCAAUGACACUGGCGACACAGCGUUGCAUAAAGCAUCUUUUGUUGGGAAUGAGGAGUUAGUGAUCCUACUUCUCAAAAACAAUGCGGACGUGAACAUAAUGAACGGAGAAGGGAAGACAGCUGGUGACGUGUGCAAGACAAGAGAUGUGCAAAGAUUGCUGGAAGCGGCACAGAGAGUGGAACGACAAGAGAGGGAGAGGAGAUUGUUGACUGCUGCCAAGGAGGGGAAGGUUGACGAAAUACAGGAGUUGCUAAGCAGUCCCAACCCGCCGAACAUAAACUGCGCGGACGCACAGGGCAACACAUGUCUGCACUGCGCCGCUUACAGGGGUCACGCAAGACUAGCGGUGUUGUUACUGCAGAACGGGGUGGACACUACACUGAAAAACAAUAACGGCCAGUUCGCAAUAGAUUUAGCGAAAGACAACGAGAUGCGUGAAGUGUUGAGCGUUAGGCCCGUACAAAGGUUGCAGAGGACCGCUUCGAGGUUCGAAGGACCACUGCUGAAGAGGUCCCGCUUUUUGGGAUGGAGACCUGUUUGGGCAGUCCUCCAAAGGGGGGUGCUUCUGUACUACGGUUCCCGUGCGGAGGCCGCCCGCGUGGGCGGACGGUGGCGCGCCCGCAGCUACCUAGAUGGCGCCACUGUCGCCGCGCCCGACACAGAGCCGGCGUUGAUCGUGAUCGCCUUCAGUGACGGGGAUUCCCAUAGACUGGCCGUUCCUCACACGGAGAACGAUGUGGUAGCUUGUAGACAGAGCUGGAUAACUGCCCUGAAUGAGCAUAUAGCGUACUCCGGCCACUAUCUCUGGGCCGGGGCUUCCCCGGACACGGCGAGGGAGGCCACGGAAGACCUCGACGAUGAGUGCAAACCUUUAGGAUCCAUGCAAGACGCGCUGACAGCGGCUACGAACAGCCUAGCGUUGUUGGACACUCAGCUGCGUGAAUGUUCCGCCAUUGUUGCGGCUUUGGACAAGAGUGUGAACGUGGGGAACUCUUUGCAUCACUCCGCUUAUAUGCGUUUCCAGCACGCGUGCGGCUCGGGCGCGGGCGCGCUGGCGGCGCUGCGGCACUGCGCCGCGCUCGUGGCGCAGGCGCGCGACCGCGACGCCGCCAGGCUCGCCAAAGAGGUAGAGAGAAAUCGUGUACUGGAAGAGGCGUUGGCAGCGCUUGCGCGGACGCAUCACGCAUUAGAGAUGUCCGUAGCUGAAGAACUCACUAAGAGCAAGCGAAAGAAGAAAUCGUCGCAUAAUGAGUCGAAAGAAAACUUCUUUGAUGUUUACAAUGAGUCUGAAGACGAGGAUGAUACGUUGGUGACGGCGGGCCUGUCGAGUCCUUUGGGCGCGCUGAGCCCCUGGGGAAGCUCGCCGGAUCUCACCAGGCGGACGCCCGUCGGCAGUCGAGAUGGUGACGAAACCCCCACUAACGAGGAGGUAGAAUCCCGUAUCCGGCGGUUAUCCGGCUCGUCCGGGUCACCUCAGUCACUCCACACGGCCAUCAGCCCGGCCAGUUCCCGAGGGACGCUAGUAUCGCAAGGGGGGAACGUGUACAGAAACGCGAGACCGUAUAAGAAGACUACAAACCUCAGUUCAGAAUGGUCCCUCUAGUAAUCUAGGGUUAGUACUUAAAAACACAAAAUGUGGUUGAAAUAUAAAAAUCGAGCACAAAGUAGCGCACAUAUUAUAGAAUAGUGUCACUGUAGGCACAUUAUAUGUAUGUAAGUUU